GAGCCAGCCCAGCCUGCCCUGAACCACCAUGCUUGCUCUGGAGGCUGCACAACAGGUUUCCAAAGAUGGCAUGUUCUGGAGACAUUCGCCCCCAUCCUGCCCGGGUCUUCCCAGGCUGGACGGCCCACACUUGAGCUGUUUGCAGUACCCAGAAGGUGUCUUCUAUGACCUGGACAACUGCAAGCCCUUCAGUUACCCAGAUUCAGAUGGGGGCCCUGACUCCACAUGGGGCUGGACAGAGGCCCCACCUGCCUCCGCCAUCGCCCCCUAUGAAGUCUUCGACCCUGCUACGACUGCCUUUGCCCACUCCCAGGCUGUGCAACUCUGUUACGGUCAUGGUCUCGGCCCCUCUGCCUACAGUCCCGUGGGGACCCUUGACCCAGCCCCCAGCCUGGAGGUUCCAGGGCCUGACCUCCAGGUGUACCCCUCAGAGGACUUUGUCAGCCAGACUCUGGGCCCCUUGGCUACCCCGUACCCCAGCCCUGUGCUGUCAGAGGAAGAAGACAUUCUACUGGACAGCCCUGCCCUGGAGGUCUCGGACAGUGAGUCAGACGAGGCCCUCUUGGCUGGCACUGAGGCAGGUGCCCGCAAGAAACUGCGCCUGUACCAGUUCCUGCUGGGACUGCUGCUACGCGGGGACAUGCGCGAGUGCGUGUGGUGGGUGGAGCCGGGUGCCGGAGUCUUCCAGUUCUCCUCCAAGCACAAGGAGCUGCUGGCUCGCCGCUGGGGCCAGCAGAAGGGCAACCGCAAGCGCAUGACGUACCAGAAGCUGGCGCGUGCACUGCGCAACUAUGCCAAGACGGGCGAAAUCCGCAAGGUCAAACGCAAGCUCACCUACCAGUUCGACAGCGCGCUGCUGCCAACCACCCGGCGCGCCUGAGCGCCCCGCUACGACCCCUUUCUAGACCCCAGGCCCUAGUGUCCAUGAAGCCCCGUAAGGGGGCAGUAGGCUGCCAGGGUCCUCAGCUCUCACCAGGGCCUCCCCAGAGUCCCCCGCGCCAUAUAUGGGAUUCCCCAGAAUGGUCAUUUAAGGGGAGUGUCUUAUGACUGGCCAUUCUACAUACUCCUAGAAUGGUAGGUUUCUCUGCGGGGGGCUCCUGGUGGUGUUUGCAGUUCAGGAAUCCACUUUGGUACUUGCUGCGAGCCCUGUGAUCACACACGUCAUCGCACCAGCAGGUGGCGCUGUCUACAGCCCCCAAACCUUGUUUGUGUGUGUGUCGGGUGGGUGGGUGCGGGUCCCUCUGUGUUGCCCUGAGGCCCUGGUCAGAUCUGAGAUCUAGUUAUGUCUUUAUGUCUGGAGCCUUCUGAGAACCCUGUGUCAUCUAUGACUUUUCUCUGUGUCCAUCCAUGACUUUGUUUGAAACAGGGUCUCACUCUUUAGCUCAGGGUGGCCCCCAACUUGUGACAAUCCUCCUGCCACAGCCUCCCAAGUGUUGGGAUUACAGAGGCACACCACCACACCAGGCCUUUUCUUUUUCUGAGACAAGGUUUUACUGUGUAGUCCAGGCUAUCCUCAAGCUUGUGGUGAUCCCCUUGCCUCAGCCAUCCCUUGGGACCCUCUGGGAUCCACGUCUGAGAUGACUUGUUGGGGAGGGUGGGGGUGGGGCGUUCGGGGAUUCUUACAGACUGAGCCUUCUGGGGUCCUUUGUCAUAUGGGAAGUUCUCUAGCAUCCUAGGCUCCUGGCCACCCUGAGAUCACAUACCGACUCUUUUGUUUGAGGGGCUACCCGUGUUGUAUGUCAGGUCAGAAUCAUUCUAGCCCCUGGUCAGUUUGGGGUGUGUGACAAGGCCAGCGCCUGUUAUUUUUUAGACUGAGUCUCAGGUAGCUCAGGCUGGCUUUGAACUUACUGUGUAGCUGAGGAUGGCCUUGAGCCUCCGCCAGAGUGCUCAGAUUCCUGACACCAUCAUGAGCCUGUUUCUUUUCUUUUUCAUAAGUCAGGGUCUAUCUACGUGGGCCAGGCUGGCUUUAAACUCAUAACAGUCUUCCUGCCUCGGUGUCCAGAGCGCUAGGAUCUGAAUGUGUUCCGCCACACCCCGCUUACCCCACACCAUCACUUACAGACUUCUAAAGCUGGCCACCCCCCACCCACAAGGCAGGCAAAUUAAGCCCCUGCAGGUGUUGUCUUCAGAGGAAAGCACUCUUUACAGUGAUCUUUCAAACUAGGGAGCUCUCCCCAGUUCAGACAUCUGAACGGGAAACCUCUGGCCAGCUGUCUGUGUGCAGAGGCCCGAACCAGUCCCUUCCCAGUGCCUGCUGCCUCACCCUGUCACCACGCUCAGCUGCCUGUUCGGGCCCAGUCUUUUGAAGUGCUGGAUACAGCCAGCUGUAGGCCAACCUGGCUCAAUUGUGAGGUUCUCAUUGGGCCCCCAUAGCAGAAUCAGAACCCAAGGCUUUGAGCCUGAGCAGGCUGGGCCACCCAGGCCUAGGUCCCUCUGAGAAAGAGGAGGAAGAGGGCCUCCUUGCAACCCUGAUGAACCUGGGACACACCUAACUCACCUCUGGGUCACCAGGACGGGGAAGAGGAAUCAUGGAAGAUCCAGAUGUUCAUGGCCAAGGACAAGCUGGCACCAAAUAGAAUUCUUUCUUCAAAAGCUAACAUCAUCACUCUACAUGGAUAAUAAAUAAAAUCCUAAAUAAAGUUUA